AUCCUACUCGUCCUCGUCCUCUUCCUCUCUCUUUGACCGGCGCGGGGCGCAGAUUCACGCGAACUUGGAUCAAUUCCCUCUCUUGUUGGUAAGGCCGGAAGCCAUACCUUGUUUUGGCAAAUCGUUCCAGGAAUUAGUUUCGUCUCAAGGAUCUAUUCUUUGCUCUGAAUAACCAAAUCGGAAUCUUUCUUCCUGCGAGAAUGGCAAUCCUCUGUCCUGCGAAUGCUGCUCCAUGGGUUCCUUCUAAUUUUCUGGCAGGAUGGUUACCGCUGAAUGACAGUCCAAGAAUGUAUUGCCAUAUCUCCCCAAAUGGAAAGAAGCUCAAAAGACGAAACAGACAUCACCAGAUGAUUUGUUUUUCCAAAGGAUCGUCGUUACAAGAUUCUGUGCCUUCUGUAAAGCCUUUGCGCCUUCUUCCGACAGAGGAACUAAAGACAUAUCCGAACACUAUUCCUGAUGAGAUAUUUACCACAGUCAGAUUAGAUGAAUCUGAUGCAUUCUAUGUGCUAGAGCUUAGCACAAGCAGAGAAUUGAGCUCCUCUUUGCUUGAUAAAAAUUCUGCAGUCCUAAUCUGUUUAAUUGAUGUUGAUGGCAACUCUUUGUUGCAAAGAAUACCAGCAAUCUAUUCGGGUCAACCUCCACAAGGAGCAAACUCAGAGCAAUCGAAUCCCUUCCAAAGUGGUUCAGUUGAUGUUGUCACCUUCAAAGGUCCUAAACUGCAAAUAAUUAAGGAAAUGUGGAUUGGUCUUGAAUCAGGUUCAUGGAGGUUAGAUGGUUUAAGCCUGAAAGUAAUCCAUGGACCAUUGAAUACACUUAAAGAUCUUGAUGGAACACCUGAGCUCAAGUUCAACGGUUUACAGUACACUUUUGAGAAGAUCAAUCCAUUUCUUGGAGAAGAUGGCGCCUCAGUAGCUGAAGCAAGGCCUGUGGCUGUCACUGACCUCUCAGGAGUUAGCCUUUCCGACCUUCAAGAAGGGCAGUUAUCCUCAGAAAGCUCAGCUUCAAGCAUUAAGGAAUUGAAAGAGGAUGGUUUGAGAGAGUACGCUGAUCUCAAACAAUCUUUGCUGCUGUAUGACGUAGCUAUUGUGAUAACAGGUUUCUCUGUUUUCACCUUAGCUUCAAACGACAAUGCUGCCUACUCGUUCCUGAUUGGUGGCGUUGGAGGGUUCCUCUACCUGUUGCUGCUCCAGCGAUCUGUAGAUGGGUUGCCCGUGAUUACUUCACCCUCAGAUGCUGGCAGUGUACAGCCUUCUGUGAAAGCUUUCAGCGGGGUGAGAAGGCCAUGGUUGAUAUUAUCACUGGUAUUGGUUGCGGGAGCUAUUGCACUGAAGUACGGUGCUGGAGGUUACAGCUUUGAACUGACACCGACCGAGCUCUUUGUUGGCACUGCAGGGUUCCUGGCAAACAAGGUUGCUGUUCUUCUGGCAGCGUUCAAACCCAUGCAAAGUAAUUUGAAGAGUGAAGAUGGAUCCGGGGACUGAACUUGACUGGACUGCUCUAUAAUUACUAUUGUUUAUUGUAGUUCUAUGGUAUUCAAGACCUGAAGCUAAUUAGCCAAAUUGCAAGGGCAAGUCUAUUGGAAGUAAAAAAGUUUGUCACUUGGGCCUUGGUAACCAUACAUACAAGGUCACAAGCCUUCUUAUACAGCAUCCUUUUAAGGUUCAAUUCAGAGCAAAGUUCCAAUGUUCAAAACUCGAAUAGUUCUCUUUCUUGAAGAAGAAACUCAAAUAGUAAAGAAUUCAGAUGAUCAAAAGAUGACUUUGCUCAAAGGCGUGCAGACCCUCAGAUACCUAGAUGCCAGGUAACUCACAUAUCGACACAUCCGUUCAGGGAGACGGUACAGUCACUGGUUCAGAACACAUGACGCUUCUACUGGAACCAUAUAUCUAUUUGCUGUAUACAGGUCUAGUAUUAGUCAGAUCUCAACAGAUGCAAAUGUCCAUUCAUGUGAUGUUUCCAUUGGCAUCAUAUAUCCAUCCAUUGCUGUAUAUAAAUUUGAUACUAGUAAUUGAUGAUAAUGCAACGGUAUGUGAUAAUUUUUU